UGUCCACAUCUCCCUUGCGUCUCUUAAACGACAUUAGACAUGAGGAGGAAAGCGAGUUCAUGGACGAAUUCCUGGCUGGAGCUCGAGUCGUCGUCAAGUCUUCUCCGGUGACUUUUCCAACCUCCAGCCAUUCCUGAUAAAUAGUCUUACUUCCCCUCACCGUAUCUUACCAAUGAAGAGAAGAUAAGCCAGGCAAUGGCGCCUUCCUCUUCUGCUACCCUUUUCCCCCUCCUUAUUCCCCUCUUCUUCAUCCUCCCUUUAGUUUCACCAUCCCAGAGCAGUCCCAACAUAACCUUAGGCUCCUCCUUCUCUCCUCAACCGAACAACACCUCAAUAUGGGCGCUCUCACCAUCAGGAGACUUUGCCUUCGGAUUCCUCCAACUCGAAUCUGGCAUGUUCUUGCUCGCCAUAUGGUUCUCCAAGUUACCCGAGAAUACCGUCGUGUGGUCCGCUAACACCAAUGAUAACGCCGCCGUGGUGCAGGAGGGCUCUCACGCAGAGCUCAGGAGUUCUGGUAGGCUUUCCCUUCUGAAUAACGCAGGCCAAGAGGUCUGGUUCGCCGACCCGGGAAGUAAUAUCGUUACAAAUGGAGCCCUGCUGGAUAGUGGAAACCUCGUACUUGUCAGCGAUUCAAUCAACCAUGCCUGGCAAAGCUUUGACAAUCCCACAGACACCAUUCUCCCCACACAAUCGAUUAGCCAAGGAGGAAAGCUUUCCUCUCGGCUUUCUUCGAGGCCAAAUGACUACUCUAACGGGAGGUUUCAGCUUCGCCUUUUGCCAGAUGGAAAUUUAGUACUGAACACAAUUGGCUACCCAACCGAGCUAGCAUAUGAACGUUAUUGGAUUAGUAGCAACACUUAUCAGGUCGCAGAUGACAGA